AUGAUUUAUUUAAGUGAUUUUGUUAAGGAGAAUUUUCAUUAUCAUGAACAUAAAGGAAAUGGAAUUGGAGAAACAAUUAUUAAACAAUAUGGUCGGUUUUUCUCAGAAAAAAUAGGAGAAUUAUUACAUGAAAAAUAUGGUAAUUUAGCUAUUAUUAAAAGAGAUAAAAAUGUUUUUGUAGCAUCAUUUAGAAGUCCAUUAAGAAAACCAAAAGAUGUUUUUGUGAUUAGACAAAUUUAUUCUGCAAUUUUAAAUUUAUCAAAAGAAGAAAUGGUGUAUUAUGUUUGUGGUGGUGAUGAGAAGACAUUUAAAGAAUUAUUUCAUUUAUGA